GAGGAUCUGGCUCUGGCCACACACCGAGGCAGCCUCAGCACCAGCUGAGUUUCCCAAGAGACAUUCAGAUUCUGUGAACUUUCUAAGCAUCCUCUCUCAGAUUUCCCUUCAGCAUAAAAGAAGGGACACAGGGACCACAGGACAGGAAAACGCAGAAGGCGCCGUGGAAGAGGAGAGUCGGGGGAGGGGAAGAGCCGAGUAGGCAAUCUGUUCUGUUCGGAAGCUAGCAAGCAAAGGAGCGGGGAUUCCAGGAUGAGGGAGGCAGAGCCGUUUGUCUGCUGCAGAUUGAUGUCUGUGUCCUUGGAACAGAAGUGAAUUCUGCAUCUGCCUGCUGAGUGUACAGCUAUGUGACAGAUUGAAGACACAAAUAAUGCUUUCCUAACUGACCCCUACCUAUGCCUCUAGAACUCAUGGCUUUUUCCAGAUUCAGUGGCCCAGACAAUGGGUGUCACUUGGGACUCACCCCUCCCUAGCCAGCAAAGAGCACCCCUUGAGAUUUCAGAGGCCAAUGAGACUAAAGAGCCAGGCUUUCAGGAGGCCAUGGGAACAUACUUCUCCAGGACCCCUUCCUAAAUCCCUGGCCCCAGGUCUUUUGUGAACUCAUGCCCACUGGACCACCUCUGAGACCUUGAAUGCUGGAGAUCCAGGUGCAAGUAUGACUUCUUAAUGAGUCCCAGACCUGGGACAGAGCUUAAGUUUCUUAGAAGAAGUGCCAGGACCUUUAAAGGCCACCUUUCAUCUCUCUCACAUCAUCCCUCCCACCUCUCAGACUCAGCUCCAAGAGGAAGCACCCAGCAGGCAUGGGUGACCGGGCCACAAAAGGUCUGCAGGGACCCUUGCAGGACCUGCUGACAGCUGCUCCAGCUUCAUCCUUAUUCCCCUUAUUUCUCAAGCUUUGAUCAUCCUUUCGGACCCUGGGGUGUCUCAACUGGGUCCUUGCUUCCCAGGCUCCACCAAGGGACAUCCUGUGGAUCUUAGGAAGUCCUUGGGUGCUUAGAGGCUCCUGGGGAAGUUGUAAACCAUGAUAGCACAUUCUCAGAAGCCCCACCUUCCAGACUCAGGCCUCUAAUGUAGCAGUCUCCCUAUACCCUGACUGUUGAACCUAGGGACACGGCUCUCAUGGGCUCCCUACAGCAUUGCUGCUGCCAGCUGCCAAAGAUGGGUGACACCUGGGCCCAGCUUCCCUGGCCCGGGCCUCCCCACUCAGCCUUGUUGCUGGCCUUACUCCUCUUGGCAACUGGGGUUAUGCACUCUGAUGCCGGUACCAGUUGCCCAGUCCUUUGUACAUGCCAUAACCAAGUAGUAGACUGCAGCAGCCAGCGGCUGUUCUCUGUACCCCCAGACCUGCCAAUGGACACCCGCAACCUCAGCCUGGCCCACAACCGCAUUGCAGCGGUGCCGCCGGGCUAUCUUACCUGCUACAUGGAGCUCCGUGUGCUGGAUCUGCGCAACAACUCCUUGUUGGAGCUGCCCCAAGGCCUCUUUCUCCAUGCCAAGCGCUUAGCACACCUGGAUCUGAGCUAUAACAACCUCAGCCAUGUGCCAGCUGACAUGUUCCGGGAGGCUCAUGGACUGGUCCAUAUAGACUUGAGCCACAACCCCUGGCUGCGGAGGGUGCACCCCCAAGCCUUCCAGGGCCUCGUGCAUCUCAGAGACCUGGACCUCAGCUACGGUGGACUGGCUUUCCUGAGUCUUGAAGCCCUUGAGGGCCUCCCAGGGUUGGUGACCCUGCAGAUCGGGGGUAACCCAUGGGUGUGCGGCUGCACCAUGGAGCCCUUACUGAAGUGGCUGCGGAAUCGGAUACAGCGCUGUACAGCGGAUUCUCAGCUGGCUGAAUGUCGGGGCCCCCCCGAAGUUGAGGGUGCCCCUCUCUUCUCACUCACUGAAGAGAGCUUUAAGGCCUGCCACCUGACUCUGACCCUGGAUGAUUACCUCUUCAUCGCAUUUGUGGGCUUUGUGGUCUCCAUCGCUUCUGUGGCCACCAACUUCCUCCUGGGCAUCACAGCCAACUGCUGUCACCGUUGGAGCAAGGCCAGUGAAGAAGAAGAGAUUUGACACAGGUGCCUCUCAUCUCUCCAUGCUGCUGCCACUGCUGUUGACCACUGGACACUUUGGGUCAUAUACCCUGGCCACCUCCAUCAUAGCUCAAAUGAGGUUGGAAAGCUAACUUUGUGUGAGCAUCUAUCCACCUUGGGCCUGGCACUGUGCUAGCAACUGGGAAUGAAAGACAAAUCCAGCUCCUUCCCUUGAGGUACUUACUUUUAAUAAAAGAAAGCAAUUCCAAAACAUCCUUUUAUGACAAAAUGCCAAUGCUCUGAGCACAGUGUUAGGGAAGCCCAGAGAAGGGUCCAUCAACUGUGCCUCAAAAAGUCCAAGAAUUGCAGGAAUAGUCUGCUAAGUAGAUAAAGAAAUAUUAACACAGCAAAUGACAGGACAUACCAGGCAGGGUAUGUUGGGGGCAGCACACUAUUCCCUGUGGCCUGAGUGUGUAGAGGAGAUACAUGAAAAAGCAAAACCUUCCCUCUGACACCCAAUUUUUCAGUCCCCUCUGCUACCUGCCAUUGCACUCCAGAAGUGAGAUGGCCCCCAUACCUGUUUCUUGACCUCCUCCCACUAGCAACUGUGGGGUGAAAUGAACUCCCACUGACUUCCCUACACUGCCCCCAAUUGCAGCCUGUAGGUGAGGUCCCAGACAAUGGGCUGAGGGUAAUCACCCUCAUCACCCUCCCUUCUAUCCCUAUCUCUGCCUCUGAGUCAAGACCUGUCUUCACAGAGAAAGCAGAAGGCCCCACAAGGAGGGAAGCAAAAGUCUUAGCACCCUGAGACCCCAAUUGUGUGAUUGUUCUUUCCACCAAAGGAACCCACCAGGAAAGUGCAAUGUAGGGCUCAGAUCCUAGCAGGUCAGUACCCAGGGCAGGAGGACAAAGCCACCACAUUCACAGCCAUGGGACCGUAUGUCUUUUCUUCUAAGCAACUCAUUCAUUUGAGCAUAAAGGAGAACUAUUAAUUACUGAUUCUUGCUAGUGUUGGGCAGUGUGAUAAGUUCCCUCCUCCCCAGUUUCUUUUCAGACAUACACCAGCCCACUCAGGGGGAUUUAUUGUUCCCAUUUUGCAAAUGAGGUCAUCAGGCUCAGAAAGGAUAAGGCAGCAUGCUAUGUCAUGAUCAAAAUACAAUCAGUAUUCUUCAUCACAAUUCCUUCCCAAGCUAUAUAAAUUCAAACUUGAGCUAUGCUAAUGAAGUUGCUGAUAAGGCCCAGGCACUCCUCUGGGCAUGGUUAUAUUUUCUGACUCAUCUCUUCUCAUUCUCACUGCCAGAUAGUUUUUACUGUCCUUGCUUUGCAGCUGAAUUCAUUGUAGAGAGCUGGGCUACUUAUCCAAGUUAUCUGGAUAAAUAAACAAAUAUGACAGUUGAGUCCAUUGAGGAAAUCUGUAUCUAAUCAGUCAGAAACUGAGGACUCUGUGGAAACAUGGUUAUUACUAUCUUUGUGGUCAUCUUCAUCUUCCUCAUCUAUGUCAUCAGCUUCAUUGAAAUCCUCCCUGUCUCCUUGGGCACUGGAAAAUCCAGGGAGCUUCUUCUGCAUUCCUGUCCUUGACUUCUCACUGCCCUGUGUGAGAAACAAAUCAAAACACUAUUUACAGAUGGGAAAGUCGAGGCUUAAGAUUGAGUAUGGCUUCAUCCUAACACUGAACUCAGUUCUGCCUUGGUUCUCUUUCCAGUACUUCCUCGAGCAUUUGGAGGAAGAGAAUGUCCUGGAAGCCCGCAUAGCGGAGUCCUAGAACUCAACAGUCAUUAAUACAGUAAUACAAAAAUCAAUAAAAGGCAGUAAAGCCCAACUGUGCCCAGAUCGUGCUCACAGUGGGGCCAUGCUCGCCUCUAAAACAUAGAGACUGUACAAGUGACACCUAAACGAAAGAUACCUUCUCAAAUGUAUGAGUCCAUCAUUAGAACUGGUGGCCGUGUUGACAGUCAUUUUUUAAUCAGAUCUUGGAAAGCAAGAGAUGUAGCUCCUACUGUGUAUUGUAUUACAAGAGAAACUGAGGGAUCUGAGAAAAAUGAUAGGUGAGAUCCUCUGUAGAAGAUGGGGAGACUUAAGGCAUGGUAUUGUUGGCAAGGCUUGCUUGUGUAAGAAUGAAAGAAGAGCUCUUAUCUUGACUCCAACCCUAGCAAGCAUUUAUCAUCCAUCCCCUAAGUAGCCCUAAAAUGCAUGAAAGAGGAGAUUAUGUCAUCAUCCAACUCACCUACAUUGAUCUAAUCAACCACAACAGUCCCCGGAAGCUUUUGCCCUCACUCUUGCUUGUACUGUCUGUUCCUAUAAAAUAUAGCAUAGAAUUAUACCCUGCUCUUCCCAACCACCCAACUGUGGCCAACAAUGGUGGGACUCCAGCUAUCAUCCACCAGUUAAGCUUAUCACCUAUGGUGUUUUGGAAAGGAACCUUUAGAAAUAGUAUUCCUGAUUUUAAAAAAAUCAUUUAACCUUCCAUAGAGGAACACCAUGCUCACUUACAGUAAUCUCCUGGACACUUAACUUUUCCUGAAUUAUAGUUAACAUAUUUUAAUAUAUACUACUCUGUUUUGCAUAAAAUUAGAAUUAGACAAAACACCAAAUGCCUCUUGAGAUCAAGUGUCCUUUUGAGUGGCACAAUUUGAUCUCUAUUAAUGGCAGACUUCUAAACAAGAUAUAUCAAGAAAAUGUUUCUCCAGCUUCUAGAAGGUACUAAGGUACAAAAAGGGAAACAUCCACUACCACCACCAUCCUGUUCAGGCUGUCAGAACUAAGUGUCUAAAAAUAAUAUACAAAUCCUUUACACAAGUGUUUGCAUAUCCUGUAACCACAGACGGUAUUAUGAUGUUCCCAUGAAGUUUCAUCUAGUUUUUUCCACACUAUCUAACAUGCAUAUGACGGGGCUUUUGUUUGUGUGUAUGUGUAUUUGUGGUCCAUUUAUGUUGGUUAUCUGCUGACUUGGAGAACAUUCUCUAGGAACUUCAUUUCAGUUCUCUGACACAAGCCACUCAGCUAUCAGGUUGAUAUACAAAUAUGGACCCUACCUGGUUGUCUGGCUGCACAGAAAUAUGAAAAGAUCCAAUACUGUAAUUGAGACAAUGUAAUGAAAACCUGGUUCCUCCCAUCUUCCCUCUGUAUUCCUCUAUCUCCUAAAGUCUCAUCCCCUUCACAGAAGUUUCCUUGAUCCUGUAUCUGAAGAUCUUAUCAGAUCAUAACUAACCAAUAAGAUUAUGGUGGUCAAGGUCUGGACAAUAAAAUUAUUCUUUAGAAAAGGCCCCAUGCCUGCAUCACACCAUUCUGGACCAUGUACUUCUGAUUUUCCUCAAGACACCACCUCCUUUUCCAUUCUCACCAGGAUUCCCAUGGAUACUUGAAGAAAUAGGUUGCCCAGAAAUGCUAUAGAGUCUUUGUGUUUCAGUUAAGGGUUUGGUGUAAUGGAUUUAAAGAGCUCAGUACAUGUAUUUCACUCUAACCUUUGGGUAAAGCCAACAACUCCAUUUUCUCAAUAGACACAUUUGCUGUCAUUCUUUUCAGUUGUAGAAAAGCACAAGGAAAUACCUUUAUCCAUUCCUCAAAGGAACAGCUUCCUCAAAGCUAGCGAACCUUGUCUGAUUUUGCGUACCAGGAAGGAGGCAAAGGGAAGUAAGGGAGGCAAGACCCACGGGCCUUAUAUAAAGCACAGUGCUGGCCAGGGGCUAGGUCCAUAAACCUCUCAGUUUUCCUAAGCCCUGGAGUCUGAUGGUGGGAGGGUUAGGGAGGAGUAGGGAAGAUGCCAACCUUUGUAUGGAAAUUAUUUUAUAACCAUGCACUUUUGUAACUGUGAAGAAUUUUUCAUAAAUGUACAUUAAUAAUAAAAGUGUAUAGUUUAA